GGUUCUUUCCAGUUCGAGAUUUUGGACUAGCAAGUGAAUUUUAUCGACAAAUAUGGCUAGCUUAGAAAACAACGAACAAGGUUCGUCACCUCGCAAGAGGCAGAAGCUCGAUUCUUCUUUAGCUACCCCAAUCUCUUCAACUUCUUCUUCCCAAUUGAACAUCGCAACCAGUUCAAAUCCAAUCGCAAAUUCAAGCGACAAAAUGGAGAUUGAUCCUCCAGGCCAAAGUUUGGUUUCUGACGUUCCAUUAUCUUCCCGACCUGAACAUGCUCAAGAAGUUCGAUCUGGAAUUCUUCAUUAUGUCAAUAAGAAAAACCCCGGAUUUCAAGGUAUAUUGAAGCAGAGAUAUACGGAUUUCCUGGUCAACGAAAUUUCCUUGGGAGGCGAGGUGGUCCACCUUAAGGAUCUUAAAGCUCCCCAGAGCAACCAGCGCGGAGAUGCAGCAAAUGCCAUUGCCGUUUCAACAGAAAUUGGUAAAGAGAACCAACCAACAGCAGGAGGUUCGGAGCAGGCUGAAUCAGUACAACCUACUUCUACUGGCUCUGCUGCAGCUGAAAUUGCGGCUCUCGCAGAUGUCACAAACAAAAGUGAUUCUGUGGCUCCAAGCACUUCAGUUACUGCAGUCAGUGGUGAUGUCACUACACAACCAUCAGCUGAAGAACCAAAUGUCGUCAGUAUCAAAGAAAUUCGACCCAACGAUAUGGAGAUUCUUGUUGAAUACUUUGGCGACGCUCUAGCACUCCAGAUCAUCGAGUUGGACAAAAAGAUACAGCAGAAGCCCAAUGCCAAAGCUGCUACAUUUGGCUCCCUAAAAUCAGAACCAAUUGAUGAUAGACCCCGCCGUGGACGCAUUCAUGGCUUUGUGCGUGCGCGUUUUGAGUCGCGUCUGGAGACUGAGGCUAUGGAUGAUAAUUCUAUCAGUAUCUUCGCGGCAGCUCCACAGCAGCAACAACGUGGCAGAGGACAAAACCAGCGCGGUAGAGGCCAGAAUAAUGCCGGUCGAGGCAAUUUUCGCAGUCAACCAAAUGGCCAGCCCAAACCAAAGGGAAAAGUUGGAUGGGAAGAACUUGGUGGGGAAUAUCUUCACUUCACGCUUUAUAAGGAAAACAAAGACACCAUGGAGACUAUCAACUUAUUGUCUAAGUUGACUAGGACUGGCGCCAAAGACUUUGCCUACGCAGGUACCAAAGAUCGCCGUGCAGCCACCGCACAGCGUGUUAGUGCUUUUCGACACCAUGUCACAAGCAUGGCUCAGCUCAACAAGACGUUAAGAAAUCGGUGCAGAGUUGGCGACUUUAAGUAUGAAAAGUAUCCACUCAGACUGGGCGAUCUCGAGGGUAACUUUUUUACCAUCACACUGCGCGAUUGCCAUUUCGGAGACGAUAACGAUAUGGACGAUGCUACAAAGGUUCAAUCGGCAGAAAAAGUUAUUGGAGAUGCUAUUAAACAUCUGCAAACUCGUGGUUUUCUCAAUUACUUUGGUUUGCAACGUUUUGGUACCUUUGCAAUCGGUACACAUGAAAUCGGCAAACUGAUUUUGAAAGGUAACUUCAAGGGUGCUGUCGAUUCUUUGCUCGCGUUCAACGAGGAUGCACUUGCAGCAGCCCAGUCAGGCCAAGAUAGCAGCACCAUUGGUAGAGAUGAUAUGGCGCGUGCCCUUGCUAUUCAUAAAUUUCGGGAAACCGGCAGGAACUCUGGUGGCAGGGACUCACUUCCACCAAGAUUUUCCGCAGAGCGAGCUAUCAUUCAACACAUGUCUUCUGAGCGCAAGCGCAACGACUAUGCGGGUGCUAUACUCUCCAUUUCACGCCAUCUUCGUACUAUGUACGUGCAUGGAUACCAAUCUUUCAUUUGGAAUAUUGUAGCCUCCAGAAGAUGGGAACGCUAUGGAGACAAAGUUAUUGAGGGCGAUCUUGUUCUGGUAGAGAGCAAAGCUCCGGAACAAAAAGAUGAAGUUGAUGAAAAUGGAGAAAUUGUGAUUCACGCAUCUGGAGGGGACGCCGCACUUACUUCAGAUGAAGUGUUCCAGCGUGCACGCUGCCUUUCGGCCGAAGAAGCUGACAGUGGAGCCUUCACCAUAUUCGAUAUUGUCCUUCCCAUGCCAGGCUAUGACAUUGAAUACCCCAAUAACGAAAUUGGAGACUUUUACAAGGAGUUCAUGGCUAGCGAGCAGGGCGGUGGUCUGGAUCCUGCGGAUAUGCGUCGAAAGAUCAAGGACUUCAGUCUUAGUGGUAGCUAUAGGCACCUUAUUGGCCGAGUUAAGGAGGGAAUGAGUUUCGAAGUCAGAACUUAUCACGAUGAAACGGAACAGCUAGUCGAGACUGACUUGGAGAUUAUCGAGAAGAACAAUCCUCAAGAUCAUGAACCUUCCCAUAUUCAAACAACACACGUCUACGCUAGGAGAGAAGGCGACCCACACGGAUAUGCAAACUUCCAAGAGAAUAACCGCCAUCAGAAUGAUAAUCAACAGGAGAACGGACAUCGAGAUAAUGGCGCUCAGUACAACCAAGGCGGAAGACAACAAGGUGGACGUGCUCGUCACAUGGCUGAUGCUGCAGAACAAGGUCGCCAAAACCAUGCUGUCUACGGUGGCAGUGCUCAGCAUAAUGCUUGGAAAGCACUACCUAACAAACUUGCCGAAGAAGACAAAGCUGCAGCUGAAGCAUGGGAGGUAGAAAAAUUGAAGCCUGUCAAUGUGGAUGCUAUCAAGCAGCCAAUCUAUCAAGAGACAUUUAUCCAAACUUCUGUGGACGAUGAGGGUCGCCGUACUGGAGUUAGAACUCAACAAACUCUCGGUUCGAAGAACGAGCUUCUUGAAGCAAACAUCUUGGAUAACAGAGUGGCAGACAUCGAGAAAAAGUCGAAGGUUCAGGUCACUGAAACUCCAUUGUCCGAAUCUGAUGAUGACACUGAGACUCAAGAGGGAGGCGUCAAACUUGAAGUCUCGGCUGGUACCAAAAGACCUGCCGAUGAGAUCUCGAAGGGACCUGUUUGCGAAAGCAAGAAAGAUCAAGUAGUCGUCAAAGUUAUGGAAAUUGAAGAUAAGAAGGACGGCAAUUCCGCUAUAGUUUCUACUGAGAUCAAGGAAGACACCCAAUCAUCCGAAUUACCUCAGCCAACAUCCACUGACACUGAAAUUGCAACCGCACCAGCUGUAGAGGAAGUUGCCGAGGAAGCAAAACCUGUUCGACUUGCAGUCAUCGUCAAAUUUGGUCUCGGCUCAAGUAUGUAUGCUACAAUGGCUCUUCGGGAGUUGAUGCAGCAAGGAGGCGUCCAGGUCUACCAACCAGACUUCUCUUCCGGCAGAUAGUUUUUUAUUACAUGCAUUGAAGCGAUUGUUACAUAGUCAAAGGUUGGAGUUUGUGGCAAGAUUUUCUGUGGUCAGAUCUGGUAUGAUUUGUUGCUCAUCGAAUAGAUGGAUUUAUUCUAUGAUACAUGGAAGGUCAUGGAUUUAGAAAUACUGAGCAAUGACUUGUUGAUAGAUAGACUAUAUCUCUGAAUGAGACAUGAAUAAAAGUACAUGUUUUAAGAAAG